AUGAGUAUUGCUGAAGAAAAAACCCAAAUGUUGAAAACCGAACUGUUAGAGCUCCGGGAAAAUGUUAAUGUAAAAAUGAGCCAACAAUUGUUAUUGCGCGACGGUAUGGUGGCUAAUUAUCAGCGAAUGAUGGAAGAAUGUGAUGUGUACGAGAAGGAAUUGGAAAAGAUUCGCUCGGAAAAUGCACGAUACAAGUUCGCAGAACAGUGUCUGAAGAAUAAAGUCAUAGAAAUAACCGGUUGCAAGUUCGCCAAGAACUCGACCAACUCCGACAAAGACGAUUCUGUAGCAACAUUACAGUUAGAAGUAUGUAGCAACAAAUUGUUGGAUGAGUUGAAGACGUACAGGGACCAGGCCGAGGCGGUGUCCAGACAGUUGGCCGGCGCCAAGGACCGGCUGGCCAAGGCGUCGGAGACAGAAGAAUAUCUGAAGCGGUGCACGGCCAACCUGACGGUGCUCGCUGAAGCGGACAGGACGAAGCGGGACCGCGAAGAGACCGAGUUGCGGACGAUGGCCAAGCGAUUGACCGCCGAGCUGGGCGACGCGCAGCGCGAUUUGGACCAGUCGCGGGCGGUCGUGAAAGAAAUGUCGGACGUGGUGGCGGGGCGCAAACCAGCGCCGGUCACAUGCAGCGCCAAAGGGCUGCGCGAAGACAACGAUCGGUUGCACGCCGAAUUGAAAGCCAACUUCGCGGUAGAAACCGCGCUUCACGCCAGGGCUGCCCAGCUGGAGACGGCACUGCGUCACGCGCGGUUGGACGCCAAGUCCCGAGACAGAGACAAGCAGCCCACCAGCAGCGACGUGUUGCGGGACUGCUCGUUUACCGCCACCUCAUCUGACUUCAGACCUGAUGACUGCCAAACGUUGCAGUUGCCGACGCGUUUGAUGGAAAUAAUAAAAAAAUAUGGAGGGCUGCAGCCCCCCGACGACGAAAGCAGCGAGCCUAAAUAA